AUGGCGAGAAUACUUGCUUAUAGCCCAUCUAGGGCUGAAGUAGAUAAAAGUGAUUUUUCCAAAAAUCAGCUUUCUUGUAUAAAUUCAUUAACUAACCAAUUUUCAGGGUCUAUUUCAUUUGACCCUUCAAUAAUUCUUUACUCCUCUCCUGCUGAGCGUGUAUCAAAAGUAAAAAUCAGUGAAAAUGUCAAUAAUAUCAAUAAGAAAACUGUUGAGAAAAGUACUUUAAACGUCAACAGACGUGAAAGUUUUCAGAACGAAAAUAAAGAUAAUGAAGGUAAUUUCAAUUUUAAUAAAGAUUAUUUUACAGAUCUAAUAUCCGACAACUUUCUUAAUGUUUGGGAGUCAUUUUAUGAAAGCGAACGUAUCAAAGAUGUAGAUUUAUUAGAGGAAGAUUCAUCAAAGAAUGAAGUGUUGCAAUCUUUAAGUAAUAAUCUAAGUUUAAAUGCAGAUAAUUACUUUACCAAUAUACUUUUAAAUAAUCAGAAAAGUAUAACUGAAGAUAAAAACUUUUUUCUUGAUAAUGUCUCAUCUAGCAAAGAGUUUUUGCCAUCUGAUUUUAAUAUCUCUUCUGAAAUUUGCUUUAGCGAAUAUUCUGAUGAUUCAUUAAAUGGAAUUAACAUUUAUAAACAUGACUGGGACCAUUUAUUUCACACUUGUUACAAUGUGACAGGGUUUAAUAAUGAAACAAAUAAACCUUUACAAGAUAUGUUGCCAUCAAUUAAAUCAAAACGUGGUAGAAAACGUAUAUAUCAAUCUUUGAAUGAAUUAGAAAGAGAGGAAAUGAAACGUGAAAGAAACAACAAAGCAUGUCAAAAGUUUAGACGUUCACGUAAGUUCUGCCAAAAAACCUUAUUUGAAAAAGAAUCAAUUUUAUUACAAAGGAAUUUAAACUUAAAAGAACAAUUGUUGGCAUUAACCAAACAAGUGAUGUUGUUAAAAGAAAAAUUAUUUCAUCAAAAUCCUACCAUAACAGAUAAUUAACUUGGUUUAAUCAAAAAGAAAAAAUUGUUUUCACACACCUGUUUACUUAGUGAACUAAUUUUUUGUUAAGCAUACUCAACAUUUAAAUAGUAAUUUUUUGUGUUUGUAGUUAUCUCUAUAUCUGACUAAAUUCACAUGAAUAUAUAUAUGUGUGUGUGUGUGUAUCUGUGUGUGUGUGGGUGUGAAUUGUUGUAUGUAGCUGUAAUAUCUUUACACUUCUUUUGAGGUUUCGAUAAAUAUUUGUUUGCUAAAUAUAUUUUUAAUGGAAAAACCUGUUUUGUAACAACAAAAAUGUUGAUGUUUAAA